AAGAGGAGGAGAAACCACGUGGGAUUGACAAGUCUUGCGUUGCCCUGUCCUUCUUGGAGAGUUGUUUCCGUGCGUAACGUUAGCGCUCUUUACAUGUUGCGAGCUUGCUCGGAAGGGCAGCAUCACAAAUCAACAGGACUGAACAGAGAGACGGAUUUCUGACACAAGACGUGAAAGCUGCCCGCACUGAUAAUGGUGAGCAAGACGGACGACAUUCCGGCGACGGUACCAACCGGUAAGACAGCCGAUCGCAACGAGGAAGGUGAGACGCUGGACAGCAGAGAGACCAUGAAGGAGCCGCUGAAAGAUCCGUGCGCCUGUGGACAGAGUGCGCACUCCACAGUGAUGAAUGGGGAUGGGCAGCAUGACCAGACCGAAGAGGCGGAGUCUAAGCCGGAGGGGGGCGGAGACCAGGAGCAGGGGGAGGACGCCAACGAGCAGGAGGUGAUCGUGAUCCAGGACACCGGCUUCACUGUGAAGAUCCAGGCCCCGGGAACAGAGCCGUUUGACCUGCAGGUGUCCCCUCAGGAGAUGGUGCAGGAGAUCCACCAGGUGCUGAUGGACAGGGAGGACACCUGCCACCGCACCUGCUUCUCCCUGCAGCUGGACGGCAACGUUCUCGACAACUUUGCCGAGCUCAAGUCCAUCGAGGGUCUACAGGAGGGCUCCCUGCUCAAGGUCGUGGAAGAGCCGUAUACGGUGCGCGAGGCUCGGAUUCACGUUCGGCACAUCAGGGACCUGCUGAAGAGCCUGGACCCCUCCGACGCCUACAACGGGGUGGACUGCAACUCCCUCUCCUUCCUGAGCGUGUUCACAGACGGGGACCUGGGGGAGAGCGGGAAGAGGAAGAAAGGCAGCGAGCUGGAGCAGAUCGACUGCACGCCCCCCGAGCACAUCCUCCCCGGCAGCAAGGACCGCCCCCUCGUGCCCCUGCAGCCGCACAACCGCGACUGGAAGCCCCUGCAGUGCCUGAAGGUCCUGACCAUGAGCGGGUGGAACCCCCCGCCCGGAAACAGGAAGAUGCACGGCGACCUGAUGUACCUGUACCUGGUUACCGUGGAGGAGCGCCACAUCAGCGUCACCGCGUCCACCCGCGGCUUCUACCUCAACCAGUCCACCACCUACACGUUCAACCCCAAGCCGGCGAGUCCCAGCUUCCUCAGCCACUCAUUGGUGGAGCUGCUGAGCCAGAUUAGCCCCGCCUUCAAGAAGAACUUCACCGCCCUGCAGAGGAAGAGGGUCCAGCGACACCCUUUUGAGAGGAUAGCCACGCCCUUCCAGGUGUACAGCUGGACGGCACCUCAGGUGGACCACGCCAUGGACUGCGUGCGGGCGGAGGACGCCUACACCUCCCGUCUGGGCUACGAAGAGCACAUACCUGGACAGACGCGGGACUGGAACGAGGAGCUGCAGACCACGCGGGAGCUGGCCCGAAAGAACCUUCCGGAACGUCUGCUGAGGGAGAGGGCCAUCUUCAAGGUGCACAGCGACUUUGCCGCGGCGGCCACCCGGGGCGCGAUGGCGGUGAUCGACGGCAACGUCAUGGCGAUCAACCCGGGCGAGGACACGCGCAUGCAGAUGUUCAUCUGGAACAACAUCUUCUUCAGCCUGGGCUUCGACGUGCGCGACCACUACCGCGAGCUGGGCGGGGACGCGGCGGCGCAUGCCGCCCCCACCAACGACCUGAACGGCGUGCGGGCGUACGGCGCGGUGGACGUGGAGGGCCUCUACACCCUGGGCACGGUGGUGGUGGACUACCGCGGCUACCGGGUGACGGCGCAGUCCAUCAUCCCCGGCAUCCUGGAGCGCGAGCAGGAGCAGAGCGUGGUCUACGGCUCCAUCGACUUCGGCAAGACGGUGGUGUCGCACGGCCGCUACCUGGAGCUGCUGGAGAAGACCAGCCGGCCGCUCAAGGUGCUCCGCCACGCCGUGCUCAGCGAGAAGGACCGGCCCGUGGAGCUCUGCUCCUCCGUGGAGUGCAAGGGCAUCGUGGGCAACGACGGGCGCCACUACAUCCUGGACCUGCUGCGCACCUUCCCGCCCGACCUCAACUUCCUGCCCGUGGAGGGGGAGGAGCUCUCGGCCGAGAGCCGGCGGCACGGCUUCCCCCGCCCGCACCGGCACCGCCUGGCCUGCCUGCGCCAGGAGCUGAUCGAGGCCUUCGUGGAGCACAGGUACCUGCUCUUCAUGAAAAUGGCCGCCUUGCAGCUAAUGCAGCACAAAGCCAGUAAAGAGGGCAAGGCUGGGCCAGAGCUUGCUCUACCAGAGAGCAGUCCAGUAGCAACCACACCAGAGAGCGAUCCGGCCUCGACCGUACCGGAGAGAAGUUCGACCGCGACCGUACCGGAGAGCAGUUCGACCGCGACCGUGCCAGAGAGCAGUCCAGCGUCAACCACACUAGAAAGCGGUCCGGCUUCGACCGCACCAGAGGGCAGCGCAGCCUCUACCGUACCGGAGAGCGGUCCAGAGUCAACCGCGCCAGAGCCCGAACCAGCACUGACCGUCCCGGAGAGCGGUCCCGAGUCGACCGUCCCGGAGAGCGCUCCCGACUCCGCUCCGGCCCCCGAGGCUCCCGCUCGGGAGGACGCCGCCGCCGUCGCCGCGGCGACCGCCAACGGCUCUGUUCCCGCGGCGGGCGCGGCUCCGCUGGCGAACGGGGAGUGCGAGGGCCCGCUGGAGGGUAAGGAGGCCGAGGAGAGUAUCCCGGGUCUAGCCCAGGCCAAAGAGCUGGCCCAGUCCUUAGCCGCGGGAGACGGGUCCGGUAUCGACCCGCGCAGCAGGGAGGUGGUUCAGAAUGCCUGCCGGGCCGUGGGCUCCAUCAGCCUCACCUCCUUCGACAUCCGCUUCAACCCCGACAUCUUCUCCCCAGGCGUGCGUUUCCCUGACGACAGCGCUGAAGACAUCCAGAAGCAGAAGCAGCUGCUGAAGGACGCUGCUGCUUUCCUGGUGUCCUGCCAGAUCCCCUCGCUGGUGAAAGACUGCCUAGAUCACAGUGCUCUUCCCAUGGAUGGAUCCACUCUAACUGAAACUCUUCACCAACGUGGCAUCAAUGUGCGUUACCUUGGAAACGUGCUGGAAUUUGUAGACAAGACCCCUGCCAGAGCCCAGCUGGACCAUCUCUAUAAAAUUGGAAUCAGUGAGCUGAUUACCAGAUGUGCCAAACACAUCUUUAAAACAUACCUCCAGGGGGUGGAGCUGUCUGCGCUGUCGGCGGCCGUGAGCCACUUCCUGAACUGCUUCCUGAGCUCGUUCACGGACGCGGUGGCGCACCUGCCGGCCGACGAGCUGCUGUCCCGCAAGAAGAACCGGCGGCGGCGGAACCGCGUGCCGGGGGGCGGAGACAACACGGCCUGGGCCAGCCUGACGCCCUGCGAGCUGUGGAAGAGCAUCACCUCUGAGGCCCAGAGCUACUACCACUACGGCCUGAAAUGUGAGAGUGUGGACCAAGCGGUGGAGAGAUAUGGGCUGCAGAAGAUUACCCUGCUCAGAGAAAUCUCUAUCAAGACUGGCAUCCAGAUCCUCAUUAAAGAAUACAACAUGGACAGCCGGCACAAGCCUGCCUUCACUGAGGAGGACAUCCUCAACAUCUUCCCCAUCGUCAAGCACGUCAACCCCAAAGCCUCCGACGCCUUCCACUUCUUCCAGAGCGGCCAGGCCAAGGUCCAGCAAGGCUUCCUGAAGGAGGGCUGUGAGCUGAUCAGCGAGGCGCUGAACCUCUUCAACAACGUUUACGGCGCCAUGCACGUGGAGAUCUGCGCCUGCCUGCGCCUGCUGGCCCGGCUCAACUACAUCAUGGGAGACCACCAGGAGGCCCUCAGUAACCAGCAGAAGGCCGUGCUGAUGAGCGAGAGGGUUCUGGGCAUCGAGCAUCCCAACACCAUCCAGGAAUACAUGAACCUGGCGCUGUACUGCUUCGCCAACGGGCAGCUGUCCACCGCGCUGCGGCUGCUGUACCGCGCGCGCUACCUCAUGCUGCUGGCGUGCGGGGAGGACCACCCGGAGAUGGCGCUGUUGGACAGCAACAUCGGCCUGGUGCUUCACGGUGUGAUGGAGUACGACCUCUCCCUGCGCUUCCUGGAGAACGCCUUGACCAUCAACUCCAAAUACCACGGGUCCCGCUCCCUGAAAGUGGCCCUCAGUCACCACCUGGUGGCGCGAGUGUACGAGAGCAAGGCCGAGUUUCGCUCCGCCCUCCAGCACGAAAAGGAGGGGUACACCAUCUACAAGAACCAGGUGGGGGAGGGGCACGAGAAGACGAAGGAGAGCUCGGAGUACCUGAAGCAUCUGACCCAGCAGGCCGUGGCCCUGCAGAGGACCAUGAACGAGAUCUACAAGAACGGCUCCAACGCCAGCAUCAUGCCCCUCAAGUUCACAGCUCCCAGCAUGGCCAGUGUUCUGGAACAGCUCAACAUCAUCAACGGCAUCAUCUUUAUCCCCCUCAGUCAGAAGGACCUGGAGACACUGAAGGCUGAGGUUCAGAGACGGCAGCAACUGCAGGAGUCUGGGAAGAGCGAGGAGCAGCCGGAAGACUGCCAGCUGGAGCUGGAUGACAAACUUCCUGUUGAUGAUUAACGCAGCGCCCCCUCUGGCUGGAGGCCAUGGAGCAGCAGCCAUGCUCUUGAGACUGUGGACUUGAGUUGUGUUUUAAAAGAAUUUUUGGAUGGGAGGAGGAUCAGGUCAGAAAAGGAAAUCUAUUGACAGAGCUGAUAAAAUAAUAGCCAGGGUUGAAUUGAAAACAAUAAUAAUAAUAAUAUAAUAAUAAUAAUAAGUGUGUACAUGUGCAAUCAAGGGUGCAGAGUGUGGAGAAGAAGCUGAUUUUCGCCUGAUUUUUGAGGUGGAGGAGGCAGGUGGAGCAGUCUGGGGAAGGGCGGUGAAAGGACGACGUUAAUGUCGAUGCAGUCUUGCCCGUUCUGGAGGCUCCGCCCUUUUCCCGAGGCUCCGCCCUCACCAGCACCUCCUUUCCCCAAGACCUGCAGAGAGCUCCCCCUAGUGUGCCUCUGCUGCAUCGCACUAGCUCUCCCUCAACUCAGGUGAAUUUUACUGUGUCCCAGGGAAGAGAGAGGUGAAUAUUUCAAACCUAGACCACGCCUCCCAAACAGUUAGCCCCGCCCCCUCUGCCCCUCUGCAGUUCUUCAUUGCUGCGUAUAGCUGGCUGCCAGGUGAUCGUGGUGUCAUCGACUAGAUUUACACAAGACACAUUUAUUCCGACGUCGCUCAAAAAAUCUAAGGUUUAUUCGUGCAAUGCAUUGUGGGUAAUACGGCUUUUUUUUUUAAAGCCGAGGGAAGCCAUUCUCUGUAGAUUAUUUAUCAGCGAAUUUAAGAAAUGUCUAUUUUGCGUAAAUCAGAAUCCGUGGGAUAUGUGUAUAUCUGUAUGUCUGAGUUUAGCCAUAUUGAGUGACGGGGAUGGAAAUGGCGGGUCGACACGUCCAAGUUCACACUAAGACCAGUAUAGGCCCCCCGCCUCGCGCGCAAGUGCGUUCGUGCGGUCGUGUGCUAUGUGUGCUGCGUAAACGCGUGCGCACGUAGGGCGUGUGUGCGUGCGCACGUGUGUGUGUGUGUGUGUGUGUGUGUACGCGCACUGGGACUUGAACGCAAGAGUGGAGGACGCUGUUGCUUGUCGAAUAUAUUUUUAUACGCACGACCUUAGCUGUGGGGAUGGUUGUCGGGUUAAUGCGAUGUUGAUUGUUGCCUCAUGUUCUUGGCGGCCUGAUUGUAGAUUUUGCUGCUGUUCUUCAGUCUGACCUGAGGGGAGGAACCACUUUUGACCAGGAGGAAGAAUUCGAGCCAGACGGUCUGUUAAGGCCCUAUUUUUUUCGUUUUUUUUUUCGUUUUUUUUUUAACGGGUCAGCAGUUUGCGAGUUCCGUGACUGUCGUAAUGUUUCAGUAACGCUUGGUUUGCGUUUAUCCGAACAAACUCAGAGCGGUGUCCAAAGGAGACGGGCGAAGGGCUUUUACGCGUAACGAACCAAAAAGAGGAGUGGGGGCGGGGGGGGGGUGUGUGUGCGGAACGCCUAACGGGCUCCUGUGGGCGGCUCGCCUGCACCAUAACCGCUCUGUACCAGGAGGGGAAUGUCAAAGCUGUGUGCAUCCCGACCCCUUGCUGUUGCUGUUGUUGAUGGGAAAAAAAAAAAUGUCUGUUCAAGUGUUUGGAGCAAACUGGCCUUCGCAGGAGGGACCUGGUGCCUGUGUGUGUGUGUGUGUGUGUGUGUGUUAUGAAACCAAACUGUGUUGGAACUGAACGGCGACCCGGCGCUGCUUCGGUGCGUUUAGCACGCGGCGUACUGGCUUCGCCGUACAGCUGGACUGAUGUGUGUGUGUGUUUUCCCCCCCAUGCUCUCCUGUUGCAGUACCAUUAACCACCAUUGAGCUGUGCUUCAGAGACUGCAUUAAAUUGAGGAUUUACAGAAGCGUCUAAAUUUGAGAACGGACGGUUUCUUUUUCCCUGGGGACGAGGCGAUGCAUAUCUACGUAUGGAUAGGAUGCAUAUCCUGUCCCGUACUGUCGGACCCCACGUAGGUCUGUAGAGCGACAGGACCCCGCUGGGAACAGUUUCCUAUGAAAUGUGUGAAGAAGAGGAGCAGGCUCGGUUUUUAAUAAAGUGAGAGGGCGUUUGUGGCUUCAUUUACGGGCCAAGCGUGCCAUGAAACUAGAGUUUAAGUAUUUUGCCCUCCGUACACAUGUACAUAAGCAAGGAGUCGUGGGUAAUACUGGUGCUUAAACUUACCUGCAGUUAGUUGAACCCUUUCUUAUGGUAUUCCCCCCACCUGGAGUUGUGUUCUGAUUGUGAUAUCAUAUUUCACACAGUGCAUUUAGUGUCGUAUCUUUCACAGUACAUGUGGACAGCUGAGUGCAUGAGAAGCCUGGUUUCUGUUGUUAAGAUGUUGAGUACCGUUUACUUCGCUUUGCUCUUGCUAUAAACCACGUGGUAACAAACAUCUGUUGUACUUCACCCCCUACAAAACAAGAUCACAGCGCAUCGUCUUACCCAUUAGUAUCGGUAGAAAUUAACAUUUUUAAAAUAACUUUGUGUAGGGUGCAUCAAACACUUGUACAUAUGAAACCUACAAAUAUGGAGCCUUUUCUAACUCAAAUGAAUCACAGCUCCCCGUAGUACAUAUGAUUAUCUGUGCCGAGAGCUUUCCGAAAUGUGAAUGUUAAAUUUUCAUAUUAGAUUACUGAAUGUUCUUUGAUCAAAUGCAGUGCAUAUCUCCACAGAAAUGUUACUCUUUCAUACAACUUCAAUUGUUUUUCAUGUGACUUAGAAGUGUGGAAAUUGACAACCCAUUUGGAAUCUGAAAACGUAAGGAUUUUGGUAUGAAUGUUGCGUAUGUGUGUGUGCAGUGAGAUUGCUCCAGCAUACAUUUGAAUGAUAUUUCAUAGACUGACGGGCCUGUUUGGGUAAGAAAAACGAAUCUGUGGGGUUCUAAUACGGUUUGUGGUGGGGGGGGGGGGGGGGCGGCAUAUUCCCUUAUUGACCUGUGACUGAUCAGUGUUCAUACAGCUAUAGGGCUGUUCCCGGUCAGCAUUACUGUACCUACAGGGCUGUCCCUGAUCAGUGUUACUGCAGAUACGGGCUGGGUUUACUGCAGUAUCGAAACCAGGCCUUGCCAGUGUGUCAUUUGGCCUGGCUGUAUGUGUAUGUGUCCUGCCUGGCUGGCUGAGUGCGUGUCCUGCCCGGCCAAGUUGAGCCAUUUUACCCACGGGCGCCUGUUCUGAAGUGUAAUGCUUCUUUAAACCUCAGACGUGCACAGCUGUAUUCAGAAUUCCAGCUCCUCCCUCCUUUCUUCUCCAGCUGUCCGUACAUGUGACCUGCACAUCCACAGCACACACAUACAUAAUCACGGUCCUGGUUCUUUCCUGCUUUGGCCCCGCCCCGCCCCGGCUCAUCCGGGCCCUGCACUCUUACUGAAGUGGCGGGCUGUCUGGCAGCGGCUGGGACUGUUCAGCAGUGCCUCUUCCGACGCGAAACGCACACCGUCCAGAGUCGGGACGUCCCAGGAUUCCUUUCACCCACUUUAACGGAGGAAGACGUUUCUCCAGCGCAUUGUGUGUGUGUGUCUGUCUGUCUGCUUGUUUCCUUGCUGUGUGGUGUCUGUCCCUCUUGACAAAUAAUCCCUCCUUCCUUUUUGGUCUGAGUAUGCUUUUGUAUUAAAAUAAAGAAAACUAGUUAAUAACAUUU